AUGAUAGUUGAGCGGGAACUUCCCGAGUUUCAAAGAGCUGAUGCAGUGAGCAGCAUAAUUUACGAAGCAAACGCCAGGAUUCGAGAUCCAGUUUAUGGUUCCACUGGAGCAAUUUAUCAGCUUCAAAAGCAAGUUAGUGAGCUACAAGCAGAAUUGGCCAAGACACAAGUGGAGCUCUUCAACAUGCAACGCCAGCAAGCCAAUUUGCUAUCCUCAGUUUGCCUAGAAAUGUCACAACAUCAAGAAAACAUGUUACAAACACCUUAUGAAAUUUCCAACUACUUCAAUGAUGAUGGCUAUCUAUGCAACACUACAUCUUGGGAACCCCUUUGGACAUGA